GCCCUCUCAGGCGGGGCCGCUGCGCCCCGCCCCGUCCAUCACCGCGCCCCGCCUCCAGCUCUAUAAAGUUCCUCUUUCUCACCUCGCUUUCCUAGUUUCACCACUUGAACUUGGGACCCUUUGCUGCCCUCAGCUCAGAGUGCAGCGCACGAGCGCGGAGGAGGUCAGCACGCGUCAUGAACUUGGAGACGGGCAGCCGGGGCUCAGAGUUCGGCAUGAGCGCGGUGAGCUGCGGCAACGGGAAACUCAGACAGUGGCUGAUCGACCAGAUCGACAGCGGCAAGUACCCCGGGCUGGUGUGGGAGAACGAGGAGAAGAGCGUCUUCCGCAUCCCGUGGAAACACGCGGGCAAACAGGACUACAACCGGGAGGAGGACGCAGCCCUCUUCAAGGCUUGGGCACUAUUUAAAGGCAAGUUCCGAGAAGGGAUUGACAAGCCAGAUCCUCCUACUUGGAAGACAAGAUUACGAUGCGCUCUGAACAAGAGCAAUGACUUUGAGGAACUGGUAGAGAGGAGUCAGCUGGAUAUCUCCGACCCAUACAAGGUCUACAGGAUUGUUCCAGAGGGAGCCAAAAAAGGAGCAAAGCAGCUCACUUUGGAAGACACACAGAUGGCCAUGGGCCACCCCUACCCCAUGACAGCACCUUAUGGCUCUCUGCCAACCCAGGUUCAUAACUACAUGAUGCCACCCCAUGACAGGAGCUGGAGGGAUUAUGCCCCUGACCAGUCACACCCAGAAAUCCCAUAUCAAUGUCCUGUGACGUUUGGCCCGCGCGGCCACCACUGGCAAAGCCCAUCUUGUGAAAAUGGUUGCCAGGUGACAGGAACCUUUUAUGCUUGUGCCCCACCUGAGUCCCAGGCUCCUGGAAUCCCCAUUGAGCCAAGCAUAAGGUCUGCUGAAGCCUUGGCGCUCUCAGACUGCCGGCUGCAUAUCUGCCUGUAUUACCGGGACAUCCUCGUGAAGGAGCUGACCACGUCCAGCCCCGAGGGCUGCCGGAUCUCCCACGGACAUACCUAUGAUGUUAGCAACCUGGACCAAGUCCUGUUCCCCUACCCCGACGACAAUGGGCAGAGGAAGAACAUUGAGAAGUUGCUGAGCCACCUGGAGAGGGGACUGGUCCUCUGGAUGGCCCCAGAUGGGCUUUAUGCCAAAAGACUGUGCCAGAGCAGGAUCUACUGGGAUGGGCCCCUGGCACUGUCCAGUGAUCGGCCCAACAAACUAGAAAGAGACCACACUUGCAAGCUCUUUGACACGCAGCAGUUUCUAUCAGAGCUACAAGUGUUUGCUCACCACGGCCGGCCAGCACCGAGAUUCCAGGUGACUCUGUGCUUUGGGGAGGAGUUUCCAGACCCUCAGAGACAGAGGAAGCUCAUCACAGCUCAUGUGGAACCUCUGCUAGCCAGACAACUGUAUUUUUUUGCUCAACAAAACAGUGGACAUUUUCUGAGGGGCUAUGAAUUACCUGAACACAUUAGCACUCCAGAUUACCACCGGUCCCUCCGUCAUUCUUCCAUCCAAGAGUGAGAAACCAACAGCAGGAAUGAUUUCAUUUAAUUGUAAAUACUCGGACAGGACAGCCAGUUGGAGCUAAGAAGCGGGUUCCCACUUGAAGACAAAAACAUGGAUUCGUGAGGAGAAACAGCUGUAUCUGCUCAACAGAGGAGCUUGGCCCAGAAAAGUGCUUGUCAUCCAGGUCUUGACAAGUGCCAGUACUUGGGUGACUGUACCCCGGCUUAUAACUGUGAAACUUGACAGUGUCGUGUUUACAUGUACUUCAAUACUGGCUUUAGCCUGGUGUCGAUGGCCUUUCGCUUGAAGACUGAAAACCCGUGCCAGCAUAAAUCCCUGAUAAAAGACAUACAUAUUAUUGGUCCAUUUCUCAGGGAACGGAAGUCUAAACCAGAAACUACUCUGUCCAUCCACAGAGAAGUGCACUCCCCAGUGGAGUAACUGUAGGACUCCUGGACCAUGCCCACUGAGUGAAGGGUCUUGGUUCUUAGUCCCAGUCUAGGCUAUCACGUCCUGGUCCUGCAGACUCUCUCUGAGUGGACCCUGUAUCCUGUUUGCUCCCUCCUCUUGCCCUUCUCUAAAAACCAGCUGGUAGACUCUUGUUGCCACACACUUGAGCCAAAAAAGCAUCAGGGACAUAUAAGAUGAAGCAGUUUCGUAUCUCCUCCAAUCUAACAAUGACUGCAAACUGCAAAGUACUUUUUGCUAUCUCCCCUUUUUGUUUUGCCUCUCAUUCUUUAGAAUUGUUGCUUUUUUUUUUUUAAAGAAAGGGGGAAGGGAGGGAGGUAGGGAGGGAGGGAGGGGGAGAGAGAGAGAGAAUACUAGAGAGAGAUUUUUAAAAUCCUGUGCCAUUUCUCUUUCUAUUUGUUUUGUUGGCCAUCAGUAGUCUCCAUGGCAACACUGGAAGGGCGGAGCCUUUGAGUAGUUUGAGAACUGUCCUGGACACCAGUGGUUCAGUAUACAGCUGCAGACUCAGUGGGCUGUUUCUGCUUAUUUUGUAUAUUAGAUGCUUCCUUGUGCUAAUAAUAGUUUGACAGAGUCUCAAAAUUACCAGGCUUUUCCAACAAUACAUUCUUUCACUGAAUCCUGAAGAGUCUCCCUUGCCUUCAUAAAUGGUCUGAUCCCUUAUUUUCUUGUUACUGUUUUGUUUAGGUAGCUUUGGCAUGCUACAGAAUUUUCUCCUACCACAACAUAAUUUCUGUUUCUUCCAGGCUCAGAAAGAGUCAACUGUCACACACUGGCACUUACUUCUUUUUUUUGUUUAACAUGCCACUCUUAAUAUUUCUUCUUAAGUCUUUCAGCAGCAGCAUACAUUCAAUAAGCAGUGGACCAUUGGGGUGUCAUCUAUGUUUUUAUUUUUUAAAAGGAGCCUUUGAUAAAUAAUACACAUCACAGAAAAUGGAAGCAUGUUUCAUAGAGAAGGGGAAAACUGAAAAGCAUUUUGUAUUUGAAUCUUCCUUCCUAGAAUUAGCUCCAAGAGUUCAGUCUGUUCUUUAAACAUGUUUUACUUUUCAAUACUUAUGUAUGAAGUUGCCUUUUUUUAGAGAGAGACAGAGAGACAGAGAGACAGAGAGAGAGAGAGAGAGAGAGAGAGAGAGAGAGAGAGAGAGAGAAAUGUGAUGACAUUCUUAUGUACCCAAGUAUACAGACUUACCUCAUCUUUAGAGUGGCGUGUGGAAUCCCACUGCAGUGUGCCUGGGUGCUUCUUAGCCACCCGUUAUGAGUGCAUCCCAGCAGUCCUCUGAGUCUCGUGGACUGAAGUCGCUUAUACAUCUUAUAGAUGCAAAACAUUCUGGGGUAUAUUAUCCCAAGGGAAGAUGAAGGCAAAAUUGGGAAGCACUCAUUUCCAGAGGCCCCAAGCCAUAGCAGUCCUACCAGAGUGUAUCAACCGUAUCUUGUAUUUUACCAAGGCUCUUUGCCUGGUCUUGGGUGACCAUGACUCUUCGUCCCAUAAGCAGAUGCUUUGUUUCAAUUGCCCUGUGAGUUUUUUUUUCCCCCAUUGCUGUUAUGCUGCUUAAACAGUAAAGCUGACUUUUCUGGGAAAUGCGUAUGGUUUGGGCCCCCAGUUCAUGUCUCACUGACAGACAUGCAUGCUGAUGGCUUCCAUCUUGAGGGAUGGGAAGAUAGGCAAACACUUCUGACACAGAAAGGAACACCUCCCUCAUCCCCAUUGAGACGAAGUGGGAUGUACACAGUAGACUUUCGUUUGCUCUCACUGGAAGAUUCUGUUGAAGAGAUAGGCCGAGGAGCACUGCAUCCUAGGGUGAAAAUGGGCAACGGGUGCAUGCUGUUGGUUUGGCUCCAGUGCUUGUGCAGGCAUUAGUGUCUAACUUAAAACUAAAAGCCCUGAAGCCCCUCUGUUGUUGUCCCCGGACAGAGAAGGUGGUAGAAUUCACCUGUAAAGAUCCAGAUAAACUCUGGGUUUGGAGCAAGGAGGGGCCUGCCUUAUCGUGAGAAUGCCAGGACCACAGAGGCCCGAAUGUACUGCCUGAGUGGCUGUGUGUAUGUGUGCCAGACACAGGAAUUCCAGAGGCUGAGAUUGGUGACUGACUAAGGCAUAUGUGAGGUGCCCUUGCCCUGCAGACAGGUUGAGUGUGAGCCCCAGCAGCAAAGGAUUCUGGGAGUUGGGGUAUCAUGUCUUACAAAGGAAGAGCCUUCAAUAAUGCUAUUAAAACUUACUUUCCCAUUGCUGAUAUUUUGAUAAAAAUCCAAACAAGGUUUAAAUGCCCUCUCAUCCCUCUCCAGGCAGUCUUGUCCGUCCUGCUGGUGAAUACUUUUAUUGCUGUUGUUGUUGUUGUUGCUGUUGUUAUUGGUGAAAAUUGUGAAAUUGUUAAGAUCUCUGUUUUUGUUAUUUAUCUCCUUAAACUGCACAGCUACUGUGUACAGUGCAGUGUUGCCACGAGUCUGCCGUGCCACACACAUCUUUUUGCAAGUCACUUCUUCACUCACUGAAACCCGAGCUGUAAGUGAAAUUCACUCAUUCCUUGCCUACGGCAGUUCACUGUCACAUGAACACAGGCCAGGCUGGUUUUCCUGGACUCACUUUCAACAUGUCUCCAGAGUAUAUUGAAGUAGAAGAUGCGUUUGGAAAGCCAGUUCUUAUUAGACACUGCUACAUGUGUCACACUCAAGUGGACCCACCUCAAGUUGAAGGGCAUCAGUGCCCUUCUGCUCCAUGGCCUGUGCACCCACUUUCAUAGUGAAAGACCUGCUGGGGACCAGGACACAGAGAUCUCUGGCUUAAGAGCUUGUCCUUUGGAUGUCUGCCAAGUCUAAGUCCAACAGGAAAGCAGGUACCAUCCUGCCUGCAGUGCUGGAGGGAUAGCUCAUGGAUUUUGCUGUAAACUUGCUUCAUGAGGAAAGCCGUGUGUUUUAAAAUAUUUGAUAAAUAAAGGAUUUCUAAGAACAUUGA